GUGCUUACGCUUCGAAGGGCAAGGACGACGGCAGCUUCAUUGGCGGGUUUAGGCGCCCGAACUAGAUGCUGCACGAACGCUCCGGUGCAUCCUCCCAUCAUUGCUAAGAGCGCAUUCUGCUUGCUUUGACCACCAUGAAUGAAGAAUAUAAAGUACCAAUACGAUGAACGAUUUCUGAUUCCCCUUCUGCUUUUGCCUGUUUGUAGCCAUGGUUCGCAUGAUACCUUACUCCUCUCUCUUACUGUACCGUAUAGCAUCGCCUGUUUAUUCACGAGUCGACAUUGUUACUUUUCCGAAGUUCGAUGUGUGCGAUGCUGCCUUUUGAGAUGUCCGAAUGACCAUAACGCCGGGCGAGAGCAGGGCAAGAGGCGAUGAGCAGGCGGACAAAUACGCGCAAAUACGAAUCGAC